UUGUGGAGUAUGUGAAAAACAGUUUAUAACAAGCAGUUCAUUAACAAUACAUAAAAGAACACACACUGGUGAGAAACCUUACAGUUGUGGAGUUUGUGCAAAACAGUUUAAAACAAAUAGUGCAUUAAAAACACAUCAAAGAAUACACACUGGUGAUAAACCUUACAGUUGCACAGUGUGUGGAAAACAGUUUAUAACAAAUGGUAAUUUAAAAUGCCAUCAAAGAAUACACACUGGUGAGAAACCUUAUAGUUGUGCAAGUUGUGAGAAACAGUUUCGAACAAACAGUGAAUUAAAAAGACAUCAAAGAAUUCACACUGGUGAGAAACCUUACAGUUGUUUGACUUGUAAGAAACAGUUUGGUACAAAUAGUGAUUUGAAAAAACAUCAAAGAAGACACACUGGUGAGAAACCUUACAAUUGUACAGUGUGUGGAAAACAAUUUGGAACAAAUAGUGAAUUAAAAACACAUGAAAGAAGACACACUGGGGAAAGACCUUAUAGUUGUACAUAUUGUGAAAAACAGUUUGGAACAAACAGUGAAUUAAAAACACAUCAAAGAAGACAUACUGGGGAAAAACCUUACAGUUGUGGAGUUUGUGGAAAACAGUUUGGAAUAAAGGGUGAAUUAAAAAUGCAUGAAAGAAUUCACACAGGUGAGAAACCUUACAGUUGUACAUAUUGUGAAAAACGGUUUGGAACCAAAAGUGAAUUAAAAACACAUCAAAGAAUACACACUGGGGAGAAACCUUACAGUUGCACAGUGUGUGGAAAACAAUUUAUAACCAAUGGUAGCUUAAAAUAUCAUCAAAGAACACACACUGGUGAGAAACCUUACAGUUGUGCAAGUUGUGAAAAACAGUUUGUGACAAACAGUGAAUUAAAAACACAUCAAAGAAGACACACUGGGGAAAAACCUUACAGUUGUGGAGUUUGUGGAAAACAGUUUGGAACAAACAGUGAAUUAAAAAUACAUCAAAGAAUUCACACUGGU